GCCAGUGUUCAAAAACGCGAUAAUGCUAUGUGCAAAUGCGAAGAUAACAAAUAACAAAAUAGAUAUAUUGCAGAUGAAAUAGAGUUUGUCCUACAGACUAAUACAGACUUUGGCACCUAUGGACAAUAACAACGUGGGCAGGCUUACGGAAGAGUCGCUAAAGCGGAAGGAGCGAUUGCAGAAACUGCGGGAACAAGUCCAAAACAAAGGCACAGAUUCGUCCGAACUAAAUGAAAAGUUGCCCAAGCCAGUUUUCCGCAGCUACAAACCACAAAAUGAAAACACCAUCGGGGAAGUUCUCUUGCAGGAGCCAACGGGGAACAUCGAGUCCGCCGUUGAAACGCAGCUGAAUUUAUUGCAACAGCCUAUGGUAAUCGACGAGAUAGACAUAAGCAACUUGGCCCCACGGAAGCCGGACUGGGACCUUAAGCGCGAUGCCAGCAAAAAGUUGGAUCGCCUGGAGCGCCGCACACAGAAGGCCAUUGCCGAGCUCAUUCGCGAGAGGCUGAAGAUGAACCAGAUCGAGGAUAUCAGUCAGGCUGUUAACGUGGCUGCAGCUCAGGCCGGCGGCACUAGUGUCGAGGACGAGUACGACUAGAGCCAAACAAUACAACUAAAUUUUAUUAAAAACCUAUCAAGAAUGAGAAUAAAUUAACGAUAAGUAA